AUGGUGAAACAUAUCUUUUACCAUUUUCUAGAAACAAAAGAGAAAGAGGAAGAAAAUAGAAGAAGUGGUCUUCAACUGGGCCGUGCUCGCUACGAACUUGUGGAGAGAAACAAUCGUUCUCCACAACUCUUGUACCUAUUCCCAUGGGAAAUCAAGAAAGUAAUCUCAGCCUAUGAGCUAGAGCAUCAAAUUGGUCUGGAAUUAAGUGCAAAACAAGUGAAAGAGCACCUACUCAUCCACUGGGAAGAUGAAACCAAAAACCGUGUGAUCAAUGGAGAAAGAAUUCCUAUCCAAAUUCUUGAUUUGGACACUGGAACUAAGUGCCAAAUGUUCUUCAAAAAGUGGCCGACUCGUGAUAUGUAUUUGAUUCUAGGAAGUUGGUUUGAAGAAUUUGUGGCUAACAGAAAUUUGAGUUUUGGAAUGACCAUUGGACUAUAUUGGAAUAAGAAAUCCAAAACCCUUUGCAUAUCAGUUUUGGAAAAGUUCAUUUGA